CGGCUCCCCGCACCGUUCGCCCUGCCGCAGAGGCGAGCCAUGGCGUCCGCCGCCGCCGUCGUGAGCCGGCUCGUGACCAGAUUCCGCUGGCUCUCCACGCUCCCGGAGUUCCCGCCGGCCACGGCGGGUGCUCCGCAGCCGCAGCACCCGACCUCGAAGGACGCCUACUUCGCGGCGGUGCACCACCUCUCCACCAUCGUGCGGCGCGACUUCUACCUGGAGCGCACCCUGAACCGCCUCCGCCUCCCGUCCCCGUUCCCUCCCGACCUCGCGCUCCGCGUCAUCCGCGCCGCCGCCCCCGCCGCGCCGCUCCACGCCUCGCGCUUCCUCGCCUGGCUCCGCGCCAAGCCGUCCUCCGCCGCCUCCGCCGAGCACUUCGACGCGCUGCUCCUCCCGCUCGCGCGCGCUCGACUCUUCCCCCACCUAUGGUCCCUCGCCUCCGACAUGCGCGGCCUCGGCAUCCCCCUCUCGCCGACCACGUUCUCCGCCGUCAUCUCCUCAUACGGCCACUCCCGCCUCCCCGACCAGGCCGUCGAGGUGUUCAACCGCCUCCCCCGAUUUGGCUGCCCCCAGACCACCGAGGUCUACAACGCCCUUCUCGACGCGCUCUGCGCCAACGGCAACUUCGCCGGUGCCUACAAGCUACUCCGGAGGAUGGCGCGCAAGGGCGUGGCCCCCGACCGCGUCACGUUCAGCACCCUCGUCGACUCCUGGUGCGCGGCGGGCAAGCUUCAGGAGGCGCAGGCGUUCCUCGACGACAUGGCGAGCCGCGGGUUCCGCCCACCAGUGCGCGGCCGUGAUCUCCUCGUCGACGGGCUCGUCCGUGCUGGGCGCCUGGAGGAGGCCAAGGCGUUCGCCCUCCGCAUGACCAAGGAGGGCGUCCUCCCCGAUGUUGCAACAUUCAACUCCCUUGCUGAGGCGCUUUGCAAUGCUGGAGAUGUGGAUUUCGCCGUAGCUCUUCUUGCUGAUGCUUCCAGUCGAGGGUUGUGUCCAGACAUCUCAACGUACAAGGUGAUGCUGCCAGCUGUGGCCAAGGUUGGCCGAAUUGAAGAGGCAUUCCGGUUGUUCUAUGCGGCUGUCGAGGAUGGUCAUCGGCCAUUCCCAAGCCUUUAUGCAGCGAUCGUUAAGGCGCUUUGUAAGGCAGGGCGCUUCGCAGAUGCUUUUGCUUUCUUUGGUGAUAUGAAGAUGAAAGGGCACCCACCAAAUCGGCCUGUGUAUGUGAUGCUUGUCAAAAUGUGUGUGAGGGGUGGUCGGUUCGUGGAGGCUGCAAACUACCUUGUUGAGAUGAGUGAGGCUGGGUUCACACCCCGGGCACCGACCUUUAAUGUCGUAGUUGAUGGGCUUCGGCAUUGUGGGAAGCACGAUCUCGCCCGGAGAUUGGAGCAGCUUGAGAUGUCCCUGAAGGGAAAUUAAAUGGAUCAUGGGUGAGGAGCUAGAUGCAGUUCUCUCUUCCAGUUGGGGCCUUACAGUUGUGUGCUUUUGCUGCUAGAUUUUCAGGUAUAAACGGUACUUAUAUUUCUCCAUAUAAAUUUAUCUCUUGCCCUAAGCUAGUAAUCUACUGUUUUAUUAUGUCUAAUAAUGCUUUAUAAGUUUUCAAGGGUCAACGAUAGGCUUUACAGAUUGGUUUAUUUUUAAUUAUUAAGGGAACACCUGAUCAACGAUAUAAAUAGUGUUUAGUUUAAAGUUGUGCGUUGGAACUUAUCAGGAUUAACAGAUGUAGAUACAGUAAGUUCGAUCAGUGAUUGUGCUAAGUGGAUUUAUGUAUUGUUGAUAA